AUGGCCUUGCAGACCCUAAUAGCCCUCAUCUUUGCCUUCGCGUCUACCAGGACGAGAGAAUCUGACCCAGAGAAGGGUCCGGAGACUCUCAGUGAAACUUCCAAUGCAAAGAGGAACUUGGAUACUCGCCCUCACAACGAUGACGAGAAAGACAUGCCCCAGGAAACGCACCUGGACGUGGACAUUGACGUUGACGAUGAGGAUGGUACACCCCCAGAUGAAUCUGUCUCAGGCUCGCAGACCGACCCGCUCCAGUUGCUUUCUCUCGACUCUCCUGACAAACGUCCGUCAUUGUUCACUCGGGUGAAGACAUUCAUGUUUCCGCCGUCAUCGGACGACUUGUCCUACGCACCAAACUACCGGUACAUUCCCCUUAUAACUGGCAUCGUAGUACCAUUCUCGAUCUUGCUCGAGAUUCCAGGGCUUACCGGGCACUGGUACAUCCGCACCGAGAACUAUAAUACCGUCCAGAAUCGUGCUAAUCCAGUCUUAUUGGAUAUUGGCCUUGCAUUUAGUAUGACUUGUGCUGUCCUGGCUAAUGUAUGUAUCAUCUUUAGGUUUCUUGAGAAGCGGGUCAUGGUAAUGACAAUACUAUGCAUCAUGUUUCUGUCCAUCCACGAUAUCAUCAAUGUCGUCGCUCUCACCAUCUUUGGCGUGAGCCACCGAUUUAACGACGGGUUUACAUACGGUGAAGCCUUCUGGAUGACUGUCUGCUCUACCGUCGUAUCGGUCAUCACCAAUGUAAGCCUUAUCAUAGACUUCAUCACCACUCCCGAUUUCAAGACAAGCGGCAGUGGUCUCACCCGCAAGCAGCGCACGCUAAUGAUCAUGCUUAUAAGCCUAUUUGCCUACAUCGCAUUUGGCUCUUUAGUCAAUUCAUUCCUGCUCUCUCUGAGCUUUAUCAACGCUCUUUAUUUCACUGUGACGACAAUCGAAACUAUUGGCUUUGGCGACAUCGCGCCCAAUUCACCUGGGUCAAGGGUAUUCAUCUGCUUUUACGCUGCGUUUGGUAUCGUGAAUCUUGCUGUGGUGGUAGGCAUGGUACAAGAGACGGUGAGAGAAGGGCUACAUGUCGGUUAUUUUCGUCGCCUACAUGAUAUUCGAGAACGAAGACGUGCAGCGCGGCGACGAAGGAAUGCAGAAAAGCGUUGGCAUUCGGCGGUCAUUUGGAGAUUGCGAGAUAAAGGUGCAAAGGUGUGGGUUCGAAAAUGCCGUCCGACAUCCAACUCUUUUUGGGCCAAAGUGAAGAGAAGGUUUUUCCGCGCUGCAGAAAAGAUGCCGCAUCCUUUAGAUCCUUCCCGAGGAAAACGUCUCAACCUCGAGGCACUCACACAUGCCGAGUUGAAGGCGGCGGCAAUGGAGGCGGGCGUUCCACUUGAUACACUACUUCCACCACAGUUUUACGAAGCGCAGAUGCAGAACGACGACGACGACGACAAUGUUGAUGACCUGGAGAUUGCGAGCACAUACCCUGCCUUGUCUGUCCCGCAUACGGUGUAUGGUAUGAAUGUACGGCGUGGUGCGCAUCGAAUGCUAACACACCAGCGACUUGGCGCCAUGGCAGCACUCCUAACGAGAUUUGCGAUUGGAGUUUCCCUGGAACACAAAGGACCCAUCACACAGGCCGCUGUUGGCGGUGUUGAAAAUCCCAGCGAAGACCCUGCUUUGAAUAACAAACGUGGCUUGAGCGCUGGCGACGAGGGCUUAGUUGGAGGUGAACGUAACACUGAAAGCUCUACGACAUCGAGCAGCGACGAUAUAAAUGCAGAGUAUGAUUCGAUGGUUGCGAACAAGGAGAAUCACGCACUUUUCAUGCGCUCGUCCUUUGCAUGGAUAACCUUCGUUGUAUUCUGGUUGGUUGGCUCUGCAAUAUUCAGUCUGACCGAAGGCUGGUCGUAUGGCUUGUCUAUAUAUUUCUGUUUUGUUGCAUUCACAACGAUCGGGUAUGGUGAUCCCGCGCCCAGGACACCUGCAGGGCGAUCUGUAUUUGUUGUGUGGGCUCUGCUCGGCGUUGCCACAGUGACCGUAUUGAUUUCUGUCGCCUCCGAGGCCUACUCUAAGCGCUACAAGGCGAUGCUUCAAUGCGGAGCUUUCGAGCGAGCCGUCACGGUAUACCGCACUCGCACAAAAAAGAUGUAUAUAACGAGGACCCAGUCCCUUUCUGAACCCCAGCCUCCGGAUCAACCUCAAAGCCCAAUCCAAAUUCACCAGAUUCAGGCUCAAUCGUUGACCCCAGCCUCUCCAAGCGUCCGAUUCGAACCUCACGCUCCUUCAGAUGUCCGACUACGCACGACUUCUCUUGAGCAGGACGACGAUGGCGGCGAGGGGAGCCAGCAACCACGAGACACAGAAAUGAAUGCACCAGAUCCCAAUCUACGUGCACAAGACUUGCUCGAGACACUCCCGCAGCGCGUCUUAAAUGAGGUGCAUUCAUUCCAGGAGUACAUGCGCUACCUGGGGAACAGUGACAGUGGUACGAACGCAUACGUGAAUGAGCAACUGAGGGCACUCCUGGACGAUGUGUUUGGCGUGGCUGAUGUGAAGGCGAGCGUGAAAAUGGAUAUCUUGAAGGAUAAGGAUACCAGGCGGACGCUCAUCACGUUAAGCAUCGAGAAAUCGUUGAUGGAGCUUAUGACUAUCACGGAGGAGGCGAUUGCAGCGAUGAAUGAGCGUGACCGUGUUGCUGCGGCCUUAGUUCAGGGGCGUGAAGAUGCUGAUGUUGAUGAAUAA